GAAAAAGGGGAAGAAGAAAAAACAAACAAAUUAGAGUCAGGGAAAGCAACAUGGAUUCCUGAGCGCGCAUGGUUACAUGGAGGAGAAUUAAAAAAAAAAAAUACGUAGAAACUGCGCGUAAAAGGAAAUCCGCAAGAUUCGUGUGAGAGAAGGGGGCUGGUCGUCGGGGAGGAGGACUGUACCAAACGACUCGAGGAGCAAGCAGCGUUCAUGCAAAUUCGUGAAAUCAUAGGCGUUCCCUGUGGGCGAUGGAUGGAGUCGCGGGCGGAAAAACAAACCCCCUCCUGGAUGAUGAUGAUGAUGAUCAGCGACCUUCAAAGGGCGCGAUGCGCAGCGCACGACGAGCAUUGACGAGCGGCGCCGGCACCGAUGUUCUCCAGGAGCUCCGAGACGCAGAGGGAGGAAAGUUAGAAGGGCUCGUGUUUUUCUCUCCAGUCGACGAGCGGCUGCACCGCUGCUGCGCCACUGGAUCUCCAAGCGCCGUUACGCACCGCCACGACUGUCACUCCCUGCCUCGGCUGACCGAUUACUUUGCUUUUGAUUUGAUUUUUUUUUUUUUUUACUAGGGACAGAGUAAAUCCACAGAGACGUUUUCCAAUACUGAGAAGAUACUGAUGUGGACGAGGUUAAAGUCGCCUCCACUUUGUAGAACUUGUGCGUAAAAGACGACACGACACCCCAAAGAACAUUUUUUCAAAAACAUUUUUUAUAUCUCAACCUGUGGACGUUUCCUCGCACCGCCAUGUCCGAGGACGACAGCAGCUCCACCUCCAGCUGCAGCAGCAGCAGCAGCUGCUCCGUGUCCGACGCGGAGGGGAGCAACGCCAGCGUGCUCAGCUGGGAGCAAGUGCAGCGGCUCGACGCCAUCCUGACGGAGACCAUCCCGAUCCACGGCCGCGGCAACUUCCCCACGCUGCAGAUGCAGCCGCGGCAGAUCGUCAAGGUGGUGCGCAGUCGGAUGGAGGAGAAGCACAUCCACGUGCGCGACGUGCGCCUGAACGGCUCCGCGGCGAGCCACAUCCUGCACGAGGACAGCGGCCUGGGCUUCAAGGACCUCGACCUCAUAUUCUGCGCGGACAUGAAGGGCGAGAGCGAAUUCCAGACGGUGAAGGACAUAGUGUUGGACUGUCUGCUGGACUUUUUACCCGACUGCGUGAAUAAGGAGAAAAUUAGCCCGUUGACGUUAAAGGAAGCCUACGUGCAGAAGAUGGUGAAGGUGUGCAACGACUCCGACCGCUGGAGCCUCAUCUCCCUCUCCAACAACCGGGGCAAGAACGUGGAGCUGAAGUUCGUGGACUCCCUCCGGCGGCAGUUCGAGUUCAGCGUGGACUCCUUCCAGAUCCGGCUGGACUCCCUGCUGCUGUUCUACGAGUGCUCCGAGAACCCCAUGGCCGAGACCUUCCACCCCACCAUCGUGGGCGAGAGCGUGUACGGCGACUUCGGCGAGGCCCUGGACCACCUGCGGCACAAGGUCAUCUGCACCCGCAACCCGGAGGAGAUCCGGGGCGGCGGCCUGCUCAAGUACUGUCACCUGCUGGUGAGGGGCUUCCGGGCCGCCUCCGAGACGGAGAUGAAGUCCCUGCAGCGCUACAUGUGCUCGCGGUUCUUCAUCGACUUCCCCGACAUCGGCGAGCAGCAGCGCAAGCUGGAGUCGUACCUGCAGAACCACUUUGUGGGCCUGGAGGACCGCAAGUACGACUACCUGAUGACCCUGCACGGCGUGGUCAACGAGAGCACGGUGUGUCUGAUGGGCCACGAGAGGCGGCAGACCUUGGGGCUCAUCGCCAUGCUGGCCGUGCGAGUGCUCGCCGAGCAGAACGUCAUCCCCAACGUGGCGAACGUCACUUGCUACUAUCAACCCGCCCCCUAUGUGGCAGACGGCAACUUCAGUAACUACUACAUAGCACAGGUACAGCCAGUGUUCGCCUGCCAGCAGCCUGCGUACUCCACCUGGCUGCCCUGUAACUGAGACAGCCCCCGGGG